CCAGGGUUAUUGCUUGGUGGGAGGUAGGUUCAGGGCUCGGUGGUAUGAAUGAAAGAGAGACAGGAAAUCUGGACUGAAAAGCACAAACUGGAAUAGCUCGCCUGUCUCCAGGCAACAGGCCUGACGCAACCGCUGGGGGGGGGAAAGUCCUUUAAAUAAAAAAAAACACACACACACACCGAGAUUUCUGAAGCGAGACAGAGAGGAGGCUGAAAUGCUCUCCUGAAGGCACUGGUGACACCACGCUGCAAACACCAAGUUGGAUACCCGAGGAAUGAGGAGGGAGCCAAGAUGUCCGUGAAAUCUUCCCUCUGACUGGGUCCACGGCAUUUGUCCAGGGCCAGGGCAGUGCUGGAGCAAGAGCCACCACCACUGUAGCUGUCCUCCGAGGGGCUGUGCUUGUUGCACAACAGGAGCUGGUCCAGCCCUGAGGGUUUCCCACCUCCAUCCCUGAUCUUUUGCAGCACACCUCUAUGCUGUUUGACUUCCAAAAAAAAUGUCUCUACCCAAAAUCCAAAUAGAAGAGGCACUGGACAGCAUGGAUGCCAGCUCUGGAGGUGCUGCUCCUCCUGAUGACCACCUAAGGAGCCUCAAGGCAUUGACAGAGAAGCUGAGACUGGAGACCAGGCGCCCAUCCUACUUGGAGUGGAAAGCAAAGCUGGAGGAGCAGGCAUGGAAGAGCCCUCAGCCUGCAGGAGUGGAGGAGGUGAUCGAGGACAAAAAGUCCACUGGGGACACUGUUCCCUUGAGGAAGGUGCAGCUGCAUCUCAAUGGAAGCUCUGUCCAGGACAAGGUGACUCUUACUUCAGGGAGAAUAAGUGGCUUUGAGAGCAUUGAUGAAGCUUUGACGUGGCUCAGGAAGGAACUGGCAGAAAUGCGCCUGCAGGACCAGCAGCUGGCCAGGCAGCUCAUGCGCCUCCGCAGUGACAUCAACAAGCUGAAGAUCGAGCAGACCUGCCACCUGCACCAGCGCAUGCUCAACGAUGCCACGUACGAGCUGGAGGAGAGGGAUGAGCUCUCUGACCUCUUCUGUGACUUCCCCCUUGUCAACUCCUUCAGCCUCUCCACGCCGCUCAAGCUCAUCGGAGUCACCAAGAUGAACAUCAACUCCCGCCGGUUCUCACUGUGUUGAAGGGGGGAAGAAGAGGGAAGGAUAGGGGAGAAAGAGAGAGAGGACUGGACAGUGCCAGGGCUCUCUCUGCCUGGUGGCUGGGCAAAAAGAGGCCAAAGAGUAAGAGAGGGAACAGGAGCAAAAAGGGAACCCACAGCGGGUCUUGGUGGCAGGGUAGAGCAGCAGAGCUGGGCACUGAGAUGGCCCAGAGAUGCUCGUUGGGAAGACAGGACCUGCAAGGAGGAAGCGUGGAAUGCAUCUGAACCUAAAAUGUGCUCUUAGCCUGUUCCUUUGCAAAGUCUCUUCUCCUUCUCUUCCUCCCCAAGUAACCAAGAAGAUGCAGCUCCAGUGUGGUUGGUUGUACUCAAAAAUCAAAAGGGGGUGAAGAGCAGUCAAAAAACAAAGCAAAAUCCCUUUCCCCUUCCCCUGUACCUCCUUUCAGGCUAGAGCCAUCUCUUCAGAAAAUAAGUCACUCUCCUCCAUGGAUGUCUCCUUGGGCAUCAAUCCUCAGCCUCUGCUGGCCCAAGCACAGGGUCCAUGGAGCUAUUUCAGGUGGAAAGCUGAUUUCCUGUGGAAAAGAGCCCUCCCAGCAGGUGAGGGACUAUGGGUUAAAUGGUACAUGUCCCCAAGACAUGGUGAGAAGACGCAUUUGUUGACUUGCUCCAUUGAAUCCAGCUAAUUUAGCUGAAUUUUGCCUGUGGUAUAGACUAUGGACAAAUCAUGGACAGAUUUAUACAUGGACUCCUGUCAGUCAAAAGUCACCUGUAUGCCCUAGAAAUUAUACCCAGAGCAAUAUGUGUUUCUGAUCUUGUAGUCAACAGUGGCCACAAGACACUGUAAUAUAACCCCUACAAGCAGUAAGACAAAGGAGGUUAUUUACACCCUGGACAUCUCUUAUCAGAGAAGUCACCCCAGGCUGACAUUCCCCCAACAGCAGCACCAGCAAAUCCUGGAUCUGUAGCAACACACAUCCAUCAGAGAAGGGAACUUCAAGAGGAGAAAAGGGACAUUUGUAUAAAGAAGAUAAAGUGUGACUGUAAAAUUAAAGGGAGAAAUCUCGAUAUAAUGAGCUUUGGACCUGCAGCAAACGCAGGAUCCCCUCCCUGCUUGGCAGGACGUAAGAUGGAUGCUGUAUUUUCUUGCCUUUCAGUGCACACAGCUGCACACCUGCUUGUUUGUAGCAUGGAGGGCAGAGACAUCAGUGGCAUAGCCCAUCAAGGGAUGGGACUCAAAAGAUCUAGCCAUGGCAAUCUUGGGACACUUAGCACCCAAGGCAGGCUGUCUAGAGGGAGUGUGGGUGGCCUUAGGCUCCCCCUCUUGUACUAAUACCUCUCUUGACCAUGUCAGUGUGGUGCAACCUCUCAACCCAUCACCACAACUCUGCUCUCUACCACAUGCCAGAGCAGAAACAUCUGCAACUGAGUGAACGUGACUGUGUCCACAGAGCACCAGCCCAAGCCCUGGGGAUGAGGGAGGAAGGUGCAAAGCAGUGCUGAGCUGAAAGCUGUGUGGUUGUGCUGACGUGCCCAUACCCGACUGUGUCUGUGAGCUGUGUGUGUGCAUAAGUUGUUUUAUGUGUGCAUGGGAGCUCCUCUAGGAGGUUGAGUGUUGGAUUAUGUCUUUGUUCCCAAAUGUGAUGUGAAACAGAAUCCAUCUGGUCUCUCCCUUGUCUGGGAAGACACAGGGAGGCUUGAAGACUCGGGGUUUCCACAGCGAGGUUAGGUUGAUGCAGAGAAGAAAAAUAAUUCAUUUGCCUCCACAGAUCUUCAUGGGAGGAACAAAUUAACAUCACAAAGGGGUUCAUAGCCACAUGGGGCUGCGGACUGGCAGGGGACUCGGGAGCUGAGUUCAAUCCUUCAUCUCCCAUAGCACAUAACCUCUCAGUGAUGCUUCCCUCUUCAUUUCAAAGCUCACUGAAUAUCCUUUCUUUCUGCUAAGGAAGGAGGUAUUAUGGUCACUGGAGCUCCAUCUAUCCCAGUAAGCUAAUAAGUGCCAUGCCUGGGUACUAAAUCUUGUGCUGCCCAGGUUGUGAAGGUUUAAUUGGGUUGUGGCCACACUCUCAGUGGGCCUCUGGACACAACAACCAACCACAGUGCUGUCUAUUUUACUAGUAGAGAAAUAGCCUUAUUUCCCCAUGGACAUCUUGAAAACAAACAAAAAAACACAUUAAAAUUAUCUUUGUUUACUUUUUUAAUAAUAAAACAAGUCAAUCCAAGUCCCACAUGUUGAUUUUUCAGAGGAAAUUUUGAUUAAAAGAUAGUAACGAUGUCUUCUGAGUGAAAAUAAUGCCUUGGAAGAGGGGCAUCAGUUCUAGGAUCAGCUAGAGUCAACUACAGGGUCGACUUGCCUUUGGUAGCCAAGUGCAGGAGUUUAGUACAAGCACAGUCUUAGGAGGUCAUUAUAUGUGGCAUUAGAAAUAUCAGACGUCUGGGUUCCAGACAUGUAUUUUCUGCAUUAAGUGGAAUGAGUUAAAACUGCCAGCUGCUUGUCAAAAUGCACAAUUUUUAAAUUAUAAAAUUGUGUCUGUAUUGAUUUCUGCCUCUGGUCUUUCACUGCGUUCAGUGGCUCCAGCUCUACCUGGAGAGCAGUUCAGGAUGCUCCGGUCUGGUGUGUUCAAGGUUCACAGGUGUGCAAGGUUUCCACUCAUGUUUUUAGAAUCAUAGAAUAAUAGAAUCAUUAAGGUUGGAAAAGACCUUUAAGAUCAUCAAGUCCAACCAUCCACCCAACACCACCAAGUCAACUAAACCAUGUCCUGAAGUUCUACAUCCACAAUUUUUUCUGAAUACCUCCAGGGAUGGUGAUGCCACCACCACUACCCUGGGCAACCCCUUCCAGUGCCUGACCACUCUGUCAGUAAAGAAUUUUUUCCUAAUAUCCUAUCUAACCCUCCCCUGGCACAACUUGAAGCUAUUUCCUCUCAUCCUAUCACCAGUAACGUGGGACCAAAACUGACCCCACCUCGCUCCAACCUCCUUUCAGAUAGCUGUAGAGAGCUAGAAGGUCUCCCCUCAACCUCCUCUUCUUUAGACUAAACAACCCCAAUUCCCUGGAAAUUCACUGGGACACCCUUACAGCUCCAUCAGCAGCUGCUCUGCCUUGCAGUCUGGAGGAGAGGGGAAGGAAUGAAGGUGGGAGCACUUACAUAUUUGGGCAAAAGUUGAUGGGAAAGAAAUAAAAAAACCCCUCUUUUUAUGUUAGGUACUGUUUUGUUAGUCAGCCACUGAGUCAAAAGUGGAUCCAGGCACUCCAAAAUGUACCAGGUUAAGGAAGAAAAA